AUGACCGAUAAAAGUGUUGUCGUGAUUUACUGCAUAAUUCUGUUUGAAUCCCUCAUUAUUUUCUUGACCAAUACUUUUACCGUUUUUGUGUUUUGGAAAAACCGAAACAAAUUGAAGAGGACCUCAUUUUUACUCAUUAACCUGGCUGUGGCAGAUCUUCUUGUUGGACUCAGUCAAAUGAUAUCAACUGGAGGGAUUUACUUUCCGGGUUAUACCCAUACUAAAAGUACUCAUGGUGACGAUGUAUUGAAACAAUGGAUUUUAGCUGUGCCUUCCUUAUGUUUGCCAUAUGCAUCACUUUUCUUUCUCGUACUCAUCUCACUGGAGCGUGCAUAUGCUCUGAUUUGGCCGCUACGACAUCGAGUAGCAAGUUUCAGAGGCUAUAUUUACAGCGCCAUCUUUGUGUGGGCUGCCGCAACAACUCUUGGGGCACUGACGUUGCUAAUUGUGAAAUUUAAGUUCCUAAAUCUCGCUCAUUGGAUGGCCGCAUUAGCGUUCAUCGCGGCUUUAUCCUUGACCGCAGUUUGCGCCUGCUACGUAAAAAUACGAGCUCGACUCAGUUCCAAUGUACGAACAACAGUUGCUAACACAGACAAUACGCUGGAACAAAACAGGAAACUCUUCAGGACUUUGUUUAUUGUUUUAGGCGCCUCUCUUGUCUGUUGGGGCUCGAGUAGUAUUGCCUACUUUAUUUUUAAUCUGUGUUCUAGGUGUUAUCGUCAACUUCUUAUUGAAAGUUUUUACAUAUUUCAUUUGGGAAAUUCUUUGGUGAAUCCUAUCAUUUAUAGUUUUAAAUUCCCCAUGUUUCGAAAAGUUUUGAAACGAAUGAGACUAAAAGUGACUUCUAAACAAUAUCGAGUCAGUUGAACAACACAGGCCUGCGAGCGUUUAGUUCUCCGAGAAGAAAUUGCGGAAACAGAGCUUUUUAUUGAUUUAAAGAAAGCGAACUAUAAUUCUAGCUGAUGCUCCUUCGACCUUUUCAUCUCGGUAGUAAAUCAGGAAUGGAACUGACAAUAAAACAUUAGAUUAAGAUUUCCUUUCUUGCCUGUUUGAGAAUCAUCUGACUGCACUGCAGAAAGAUGACUCAGAUCAAAGGUUUCACUUUGAAAUUUAUAAAUUUAUUACUGAGAAGAUAGUGAUAAUGUGUAAGAGACCACUGUACAUUACUAAUUUUCCUCUAUGUGCAACUUAAACCAGCUGUUUAUAAAUAAUUAAAAUGGAUGUGCAUUAUAUGGAGUUGCAAAUAAACGCGAGGUUGGUUUUCUCAAUGAGCUUGGUGAAAACUUCAAAAAAUAUCCCCUUAGUUAGAAAGCCUUUCGAGAAUCAAAAAACUGCUCAUUUAUCUUUUGAAAAGACAAUUUUGAUUUUGCUCGAUAUGCCAAUCGAAGAAUGAUGUUUUGAAAUUAUUUCUUUCCAGAAGGCCUUAUUAGUGUGGAAAUGUUAUAUAUAUAUAAAUAGAAUUUGCGCCUUAGAAGUCAAUAAAUUAUAUUUUUCCAUUAACCCCUUAUGUUUACUUUGCGUUGUAUGCACGGUACCCAAUCUAUACUUUUAAUAAAAAUCUCGUGCACCUUAUUUAUAUAAAGAGGUUACAUUAUUAAUCAUCUUUUAAAACUUCUACAGAAUGUCCUCUUGCUAACUCUGACCUUCGAGAAUCAUUAAAAUAUGCUUAUUCUCCGUUUAAAAGGGUCGAUUUGAUUUUACAUAAGGUGCCAAUUGUGGCAUAUAUUUUGUAAAUGUAUUUUGUUUUCCUAAAAGGAAAAAUUGUUAGCAUUGCUAUGUAAUAAUUCAUUCACCAACCCCUUAGGUUGUAUGCAAUUAACGGAUGGAAAUGCAGACCAUCUUUUCUAUAAACGAAAAAUCGUUUGCACAUAAUUAAUUUUGGAAACUCAAGUUUUUGAUUACCUUUGCCAUAGUGUGAAGUCUGUUGAAGAUCUUAAUCAAAUUUUUUCUUCUCUGGGUAAUUAUUGGUCAGAGCCUGUAGAAUGAUAUGCUUGUUUUUAUUUUUCCCCCGAAAUUUUUUUUUCCAACUGCAAUAUACAUGCCUCGAUCCUGAAUUUUUGCUUUAAGAAUCAUAAAAACUGCUUUUCAGUCUAAUUGCAUCGUAUUUUCCCAACGUGCUAAUUUUGGUAAAAAUAUUGUAAUUAUCAGUUCUGUCGUGGAAGGAAAAUUGAUGAUAUUGCUAAGUGAUUUUCUGUUUGUUAUUCCGUCUCUCGUACGCUGCGUUGAUUACAAAUAAGUAAUUAACUCAGUCUUAUUUCCAAAAAAAUAUUAUUUUGUUCUUUAUUAAUUUUGAAAGCUAAUUAAAAGCUUUUAACUACCUAUUUUUGUAGUGGGAUUCGUUUAAUGAAGAUCUUAAUCACAACGUUUUUAGCUAAAUAUUGGUUGGAGUUAAUUGUAGAAGAUUUUUUUUUUAUUUUACCUUUUUUGGUUAACUACAUCACAUCGUGGGCGUAUUUUUUUUCUUAUAUAAAAGCCUGCUACGCAAGUGACAAUCUGCUAAAAAAAAAAGUUGGUAAAUUUUCCGAAUACUAAACACUUCAAGUAUGGCUAAUGCAACUUUUGUGAUCAACUGCAUUAUUCUCUUUGAAUCCCUUCUUAUUUUCUCUGGAAACUCUUUCACCAUUUUCGUGUUUUGGAAAAACCGUAACAAAUUGAAGCGGACCUCAUUUCUUCUCAUAAACCUGGCCGUGGCGGAUCUUCUUGUUGGACUCAGUCAAAUGAUAAUGACUGGAGGGUUUUACAUUCCAGAUUCUUUCCAAACCAACAUUUCUUCUGUUGAGGAUACUUUGAAACAUUCACUUCUAAGUAGUUACCAACUAAGUUUGCCUUUUGCAUCAGUUUUCUUCCUCGUACUCAUCUCACUGGAACGUGCCUACGCUCUCAUUUGGCCGCUUCGCCAUCGAGUAGCAAGCAUCAGAGGUUAUAUUUACAGUGCCAUCUUUGUGUGGGGUGCUGCAAUAGCUCUACAGGUAGGGAAUAUGUUAGUGUUGUUCUUCCGCUUCGCGGAAAUUGACCACUGGAUGAUUGCAGUAUGGUCCAUUGCGGCUUUAUCGCUGAUCGUAAUUUGUGCCUGCUAUGUGGCGAUACGAGCUAAACUCAGUUCCAAAAGAUUGGUGUCAGUUGCUAUCAGGGACAAUUCACUGGAACAGAACAAGAAACUCUCCAGGACUUUGUUUAUUGUGAUAGGCGCCUCUCUUGUUUGUUGGGGCUCGAGUAGUGUUGCCCAUUUUAUUUUUCAUCAGUGUUUCAGGUGUUUUCCUGAACCCGUUCUUUACAGUUUUUAUAUAUUUCAUUUGGGAAAUUCUUUGGUGAAUCCUGUCAUUUAUAGUUUUAGAUUUCCCAUGUUUCGAGAAACUUUAAGAAAAAUACUAUCACCUAAAACUUCUAAACGAUCUAGA